UGGCCUGCCAGCGGCAGGGGCGUCCACCUCCCCUGCCCGCGCGGGGAUGGAGCUGGGGUUCCGUGGGCGCCCGGCCUCUGGGCAGGGGCUGGCCUCGGAGACCCCAGCGACUGCAACAGCAGCUCCCCGUGCAGUGGAUUCCCGCGGCUUCCUGUUGUGUCUCUACCUGGUAGGCUUUUUGGACUUGUUUGGUGUCAGUAUGGUUGUCCCACUGCUGAGCCUUCAUGUCAAGUCCCUUGGAGUGAGCCCUGCAGUUGCUGGAGUGGUGUGCUCCUCCUAUGGCAUUCUGCAGCUCUUCUCCAGCACCUUUGUGGGCUGCUGGAGUGAUGUGGUUGGAAGACGGUCCUCUUUGCUGGUGUGCAUUCUGCUCAGUGCCCUGGGUUAUCUCCUCCUUGGAGUAUCCACCAACGUGUUCCUGUUUACGCUGGCUAGAGUCCCCGUGGGUGUUUUUAAACACACCCUCUCCAUCUCCAGGGCACUGCUUUCUGACCUGGUCACAGAGAAAGAGCGGCCACUUGUGCUGGGACAGUUCAACACAGCCUCGGGUGUAGGCUUCAUCUUGGGCCCCAUGGUUGGUGGAUAUCUGACAGAACUGGAUGGCGGAUUCUACGUGACGGCUUUCAUCUGCUGUUCUGUCUUCCUUCUCAAUGCUGGUCUUGUUUGGCUGUUACCUUGGAGAGAAACAAACCUCAACAGCGCAGAGAAUGGUUGGAUCUGGAAUCAGAAGCAAGCUACAGCACCCAGAAAGUCAGAAGGUAGACUGUCGGGAGCAGCCGCCACCCCUAAGGCCAGGAGGAGUGAGAAGAAAGGGCAGAGGCCCUGGGUUGAGGUCAUGUCAGCCUUGAAGGACAUGAAGAGCCUCAUAUUUUCCUCAUUGUGGGACGUAUUUCUUGUGCGCUUGCUGAUGGGGGUGGCUGUCAUGCUGUACUAUAGUAAUUACGUCUUGGCCCUGGAGGAGCGUUUCGGGGUCCGGCCCAAGACCACAGGGUAUCUCAUCAGCUACACCAGUGCCCUGGGUGCCCUGGCUGGCUUCGCGGUGGGGCCCAUUCUACGGCUGUACAAGCACAACUCCCACAUGGUCCUGCUGCACUCCAGUGUGCUCACAUGCCUGCUGCUGCUGCUCUACUCCACGGCCACCACCAUGGAUGUGGUGGUCUUUUCCUCGACACUUCUGUCCUUCUCCACCACCAUCGGGAGAACCUGCAUCACUGACCUCCAGCUGAGUGCUGGUGGGGCCCAGGCCAGUGGCACUGUCAUAGGUGUGGGCCAGUCUGUGACUGCCAUGGGCCGUAUCAUUGCCCCUCUCCUCUCAGGAGUAGCCCAGGAGAUCAGUCCCUGUGGACCCCCAAGCCUGGGUGCUGCUCUAGCCCUGGUGGCUAUUUUAAUCAUGUCACUAAACAAACCUCCUCAUUCAGGUAGUUAUGUAUUGCAGUCUUGGGGAGCCAGCCCCAGGCUGCAGGCAGGGCUUAAAGGGAAAGCCGCAGCAUUGCAAAACUAGACUUUUUCUAUCGGAGAGGAGAAGAAAAAUACACACACACACACACACACACACACACACACA